AUGCAAAACAGUGAAGCAGCUGCAGGCGGGCCACCACAGCAUGGACAAAGGAUGAUUUUUACAGGCCCAGAUGGAAUUGGAGACUACAGGCCGAGAUCAAAUUAUUUCCCCCGGUACAUCGGUGCGGGUGCCUCAUCACCUGAGGCCUCAGGUGACCUCAGUUAUUUGUGCCAAGCUACACCCCAUGCCCCCCCUCCUACGCCCAAGCAGAGCUAUGUGGGGGAGGUUGGCUGGGGCUGGCAGUAUAACCAGCUGUUGAACAGUGGGACGCUGCUCAGCAACAUGCAAAUUAAGAAAACUGAGUUGCGGACAGCGUUGGAGGACAGAGUGACUCACAGGUUCCAGAACCAACAGUAA